AUGCCGGGUCUGAAAUCAUUGGCAAUUAAAACAAUAAAAUUUAAUUUCAAAUUCCGGCUUUUUAUGAAAUUUUCGGACGUCCAGCUUUCCACUCAAAUCUUAAAUGGUCUCAACAAGGCCAACUAUAUUGAAAUGACCGAUGUUCAACAGGCAGUGAUUCCACAGAUUCUCCUUGGAAGGGAUAUUCUGGCAACGGCAAAAACUGGAUCUGGAAAGACCCUUGCGUUCCUGAUUCCUAUGCUAGAAAUCUUGUCUCGACUGAAGAUUACGCGCUCAGAUGGUCCCUCUGCACUGGUUAUAUCUCCAACCCGUGAAUUGGCUUUACAGUCGUUUGAGGUUUUAAAGAGGGUAGGACAUCAUUAUUCAACCCUUUCUGCUGGCCUUGUGAUCGGGGGAAAGUCCCUCAAGCAAGAGAAGGCAACCAUAUGUCGAAUGAACAUUAUUAUUGCCACUCCUGGCCGUCUUCUCCAGCACAUGGAUCAGACUGAAGGCUUUGAGCUCCGCUCGCUGAAGGUCCUAGUGCUGGAUGAGGCCGACAAGAUCUUUGAGCUUGGAUUUUCAGCAACAAUAAAUGCGAUCUUCGCCGGUCUUCCUCCGCCAUCCACAAGACAAACCAUGCUAUUUUCUGCAACGCUAGCAAAUAGUGUCAAUGAAUUUGCACGGCUAUCGUUGAGGGACCCUCUUUCGAUCCAGGUGCACGACCAGAAGGAAAAAAACGAUCAAAAAACGCCACAAUCGCUGCAAAUGCCAGACAAAUUGCAGCAGUUUUUCAUGAGAGUCCCGUUUGAGAGGAAAAUCGAUUUUCUUUUUUCCUUCAUCAAAACACACUUGAAAUGUAAAAUGCUCAUUUUCGUGUCUUCUUGCAAGCAGGCGCGGUUUAUUUAUGAGCUUUUUUGCAAAAUGCAGCCAGGCAUUCCAAUUACGUCUCUUCACGGGAAGCAAUCACAGAUGAAGCGAAUCGCGUUGUUCAAAGACUUUUGUGCCAGAAAUGCCUCUCUAAUGAUUGCCACAGACAUUGCAUCGAGAGGCCUGGAUUUCCCACUUAUCGACUGGGUCAUACAUAUGGAUGCGCCUGAUUCCCUGGAAACAUACAUCCAUCGGUCUGGAAGGACCGCUCGGUAUGAAGCAACCGGGAGCUCGCUGUUGUUUGUCGCUCCUUUUGAGCUGGACACCUUUCCAUUUCUUUCCAAACUGUCAAGCUGCCAAGAGCUUUCGCCGAGUGCUUCAAAGGUAGGGAUAUUGGCGACGGAAGAAAAGAUUGGCUCCAUUUGCACACAGUUUUCCGAAAUCAAGUACCUAGCUUCGUGCGCUAUGCUCUCGUACAUUCGAUCGAUCGUGCUGUUGAUAAAGACGGCCCAUAAGGUCGACUUUUCUCAGCGCAUCGGCGUCAUGCUUGAAGAGUUGAAUAUUUUAAAGCUUUCCCAGUCUUGGGGGCUUUCUGAUAUCCCAAUCCCUGUAAAGCAGUUUAUUUCCACUCUAAAGUCACGAUUCCUUAGCAGAAAUCAAGAAAAGCAUUUCGAUCACCAGACCCUGGACGAAAGCGAGGAUGAGCAGCUUCUUGUUCCAAAGGGACCUGCAGCAUCCGGCAGGGGCUCUCCUAGCCGCGACACAAAGGAAGAAGCACUCAUUGUAGCUGCUAAGCAUCAUUCGAAGAAAAAGAGAUCAUCCAUCAAUGAGCUUGGACAUUCAUCCCAAAGCCCAAGCACCAGGAUCCUCUUUGAUGAGGAUGGAAACGCCAAAAACCCAUACAAGUUCAUCCUAGAAACAUCGAUUGACACGUCUGCCAAUAGGGUUGGGGAGUACUUUGAAAAGCGAUCUAAAGAACUUCACCAGGCCGAUGAUCGAGAUCGUGCCUUUGAAAAGGAAAAGAGAAGGGAGAAAAAGAGGAAGCUCAAGUCUGUAAAUGGUGCUCAGAGUCCAACCGCGACUACGCUUUCGAUAAGUUCCGAAGAUUUGGAGUCUCUUGCUCUGUCUGCUCUUAAAGGCGGCUAUGAAAAUUAA